ACUAAGUACUUAAUAAAUAUCCCGUAUAUUAACUGCAAAUAGUUAAUUCACUAAAUUAAUAAUUUUGUAUAGUUAUUAUUGCUUUCUCUGUCAAAUCAACAAUGCCUCGUAAACGCUCGUCAUUAGGUAGAUUGACUUAUGAUGCGCAAAGGAAGCGGCGAUCACGAGCUUCUCAAACAAUCGAGGAACGACGAGCAUGGAACGAAGUUAAUCGUUUACGAGUUGCUAAUUCGCGUGCAUUAGAAACAGAUGAGCAACGCGAAGCAAGGAAGUUAGCUGAUCGUUUAAGAACAUCUCGAAUGCGUGUAUCGAAAUUAACACAACAACGAAGAGCCGAUGUUCUAUCCAAAGAAAUCGUACCUAUCGUAUACGAUCUCUAUCCAAGCCUUGAGUGUGGGCACUGUAGUUCCCAAAAGAUGCACAAUGAAACAGGAAUGUGCUGCGCUAAUGACAAACUUAAAUUUCCGAUUUUACAUCCAGCUAUUGAAUCUCAAUUACUGUCAUGUGAAUUGUCGUCGUUUUCGGACGGCUCUGUUGAUUCAAAAAACUUCUUACAAAACAUAUUUGAUUCAUCGUUUGAAAUGAAAACUGAAGGUGAUAAGGGCUUAAAUGACGAUUUUAAGCCAAUUAUUAAAUCUGAGUUUGAAAUUGAGCUAAAUGAACAUACAAACAUUUCUGGCUUUGCUACAGGGGAAUAUCAUUUAACACAAUUCAUUAUUAAACUGCUAAAUUGAUUUGGAUAUAUACUGAUCCAUGUAUUCAUUGGAAUGGAAUGGAAGUUUACCCCAGUGGUGGGACUUUUACAGGCUGUCCUUUUCUAAAUCGUUCAUCAUACUAUAAAUAAAUAAUGUUUGUUUGGAGUUUAUUUCACCUUUGUUUAUAUGUAUAAAGAAUCACUUAAAAUGAUGAAUAAAUAGAUAUAUACAGUCAGAUGCACAAGAAUUUUGUGGAAAUCAAAAUAUGGGAUUUAUAAAAAAAAGCAGUUUAUAUUGUACUGAAUAGAUUUUUGAAUGUUAUUGGUGAUGCCUUGGCGGAAUUCACUAUUAUAAUA